AUGGAUCUUCCUCAAAGAUAUGUCGGAUCUAUCGAUCAGGGUACGACAAGUACCAGGUUUCUCAUCUUUGAUCGAGAUGGAAGCUGUCUUGCAUCUCAUCAGGUUGAGUUCGAACAGAUCUUCCCUCAUGCAGGAUGGCAUGAACACGAUCCACUGGAGAUCGUAGCUUCCGUUGAAACAUGCAUCGAUGGAGCGGUCAGAAAGUUCGAAGCCCAAGGCUACCACCGGUCUUGCAUCGAGGCAGUCGGAAUUACAAACCAGAGAGAAACCACGGUGGUUUGGGACAUUGUGACCGGACAGCCACUGAGAAAUGCCAUCGUGUGGACCGAUACUCGAUCCCAGGAGAUCGUCGACAGGCUGAAAAAGAAACCCGGGGCCUCGAAGCUGCAGCAGAUCUGCGGCCUUCCACUCUCAACAUACUCCUCUUGCUCGAAGCUCCUCUGGAUGCUUGAAAACAACCCGCCAUCAAAGAACAAAGGAAAUGUGCACGUGUCGGAUCCUACCAACGCCUCCCGCACAAUGUUCAUGAACCUGGAGACUCUUAGAUACGAUGACUAUCUCCUUGACUUCUUCGGUAUUAGGGGGGUACAUUUUCCCAAGAUUGUCCCAUCCUCUGAUAAGAAUGCAUAUGGACACCUCGCAUACGGUGCUCUUGCUGAUGUUCCCAUUACAGGCUGCCUCGGAGACCAAUCCGCAGCACUCGUCGGCCAAAAGGGCUUCUCUCCCGGCAUGGCAAAGAAUACCUACGGCACCGGAUGUUUUCUGCUAUACAAUGUUGGCGAGAAGCCAGUGUUUUCUAACCACGGUCUCCUCGCCACUGUAGCAUAUCACUUUGGCGGAAAGCCAAUUUACGCUCUGGAAGGAAGCAUUGCCGUCGGUGGGUCGGGUGUCAAGUUUCUCCAGAACAACCUUGAGUUCUUCAAGGAGCCCAAGGAAGUAAAUGACCUGGCCCUUACCGUGAAAGACAACGGUGGCUGUGUCUUUGUCACCGCAUUCAGCGGCCUUUUCGCUCCAUACUGGAUCGACGAUGCCAAAGGCACCAUAUUCGGAGUCACUCAAUACACCAAAAAAGGCCAUCUUGCCCGCGCAGUCCUAGAAGCAACCUGCUUCCAGACAAAAGCUAUCCUCGACGCCAUGGAGAAAGACAGCGGUCAUGCACUGUCUGAAUUGGCAGUUGACGGGGGAAUGAGCAAUUCGGACUUGGCUAUGCAGAUCCAGGCCGAUCUGAUCUCCAUCCCUGUCUACCGCCCUGAGAUGCGUGAAACCACCGCCCUCGGGGCCGCGAUCGCCGCCGGUCUAGCCGUUGGGAUCUGGCACAACUUCGCCGAGUUGCGGGAUAUCAACCGCGCCGGUGGAUCGGUCUUUCUGCCGGAGAUCAGUCGCGAGAAGAGUACCGAGUCGUUUGCGCUUUGGGAAAAGGCGGUUCGUAUGAGCAAGGGGUGGGUGGGGAGUGUAACAUCAAAUGGAAAGACUAACCAGACGGGUAACGGUGAGGUUGGCAAGGAUAACAAGGUCGUGGAAAUUGGAGUGAAAGUGAAUACCGAUGGUGUAUCGUUGAAAAUUCCAGCUGACGGUGUAUUUGUUGAUCUCGAAGAUGCAGACGAGGAGGAUCUGUAUUUGGAACUUCGACGCGUGGAAAUUAUGCAGAGGUUGAAGAAGCUCAGGAAGGUUACUGGCUGUUUUGGCAGGGGUAAUGGUUCCAAGUGUUAGGGCUUAGUUCGGUUGGGUGUAUGUGGUCUGAGG